GCUUCAUGGUAAUUAGUAAUAUCUAUUUGAUGUUAGAAUUAUGAGUGGAAGAGAUUAGGAACUUGUUAGAAUGAUGUUUUUGUCUGGACUUGGUGAUGAACAAACUUCAUGUUAGUAAAUAGCGUAUAUAUAACUAAAAUUGUUAAAUGUCUGUGAGCUCCUUUCUCAAAUAUUUAAUAAUCUUUUUUUUUCAAACAAUAUUGGCAGGAAGAAGCUGAAAGGGGCAAGAGAGCAAUUUGUUUGAUGGGCGCUUCCUUGUUAGAAACAUGCAAUGGAGAUGGUUUUGGAUAUUGGCUGGUGAGGAAAUAUAUUAUUUCUGAAGAUGGAGAAGUUGAUGUUCAAGUUGCAGUCACAUAUAUUAUCCUGAGCUCGAAAGACACCCCUUUGGCAAUGGCUGCAGUGGGGUCUUAUUUAAGUGUAUACUACAUGAUCACGAAGAUUAUACGGAAAAUGCCAUGUAGGAUCUAUGCAACCCUCAAAGAGCUUAGCCUUGGUAUGAUGGAGAAGGAAUGGAAUGUAUCAUUCCAUUGGAUGGACGAUUCCUGAAUGAAUGUAAUUCCUUCCAUUUUCUGGAAUUUAUGAAGAUGAACAAUUUUUUUAGCCCUAAAGUUGCUUAUGAAACAGCAACUGCUUUGCAUGUACAGUUAGAUGAAUUUUAAUAAAUUCAACUAUAUAUAUGAGAAACUAAUAUCUUGCUCUUUGAUAAAACUAUUACGAAAAAAAAAGAUUUACUAAUUUCCUGUAUUUCUUCUUGUAGAAUGUAUCAUUCCAUUGGAAUGGACAAACCCUGAAUGAAUGUAAUUCCUUCC